UCUUCAUCCAUUGCACAAGCUGCAAAGCUAAAUCAAUAGGUAUAGAAUCUAAAUUCAUGAAUCCAUACGCAAAAAUAGAACAUGAAAUCUGAUUGAAUAACAUUAGGCGAAUUACAUGGAAUCAGAAGUUGAAACAGGAGCAGAAUUAACAGAUCCGCAGCACUGCUCAUUCCCGUAGAUAGAAGAGAGAUAUGAUGCGAAAGAUCAUCGAUUCAUCAAUCCAGCGUCUUCACAGAGGAUUUUCAGCCAAAUCCGCAGCUUCCCGCGAUCUCGAUGGAGAAAAGAGGCGAUUUUUGGGCACGCCCACGAUUGAUUUCAGCUGCAUACACUGCUCAGACGAUGCCGUCCGCUUGUUUCGCGAGAUGAUUUCGAUGUCCCCGCAGCCUUCUGUCCCUGCAUACAACAAGCUUUUGAGCUGCGCGGUUAAAUUGGGGGAAUACCGAGUUGCCUUCCACAUGUUCGACAAAAUGCGUCAAUGGGGCGUCGAGGUGAAUUUGUGCUCAAUGAGCAUCGCAAUCAAUUGCUGCUGCCUUCUACAUCGAGUGGAGUUAGGGUUUUCGAUUUUGGGGAGCUUGUUCAAGCUCGGCUGCGAACCGAAUCUCACGAUUUUAAGCACUCUUUUGAAAGGGCUGGUUUUAGUUGACAAGAUUGGUGAGGCAGAAGGGCUGUUUAGAAAGAUUCUGACUUUGAAACUGUGUGAGCCCAACAAUGUUAUGAUUCUAACCGUGAUGAACGGGCUGUGCAGGAACGGGCAAAGUCGAACUGCCCGUGAUCUUCUUCAGGUAAUGGAGAAAACUAGAGUUAGGCCUAAUGUUAAAGCUUAUAGUGCUGUGAUUGAUGGUUUGUGCAAGAAUGGAUUGGUUGAUGAUGCAAUGUUGCUAGUUUCGGAAAUGAUGGGAAAGGGCGUUUCGCCCAAUAUUAUCACGUAUAAUUCGAUAAUUCAGGGAUUGUGCAAUCUAGGUAGAUGGGAUGAGGUGAAAUACUUGUUAUUAGUUGAAAUGGUUGAUUGCGGGGUGCCUUUAGAUUUGAUCACUUUUAAUACUUUGGUAGACGCAUUGUGCAAGAAUGGGAAGUUAGACGAGGCUGAGGAGGUUUUGCAGCUUAUGGUAAGAGCAAAUGUUGGUCCUGAUGUAUUUACAUACACUUCUCUUAUAUGCGGGUAUUGCUCGCGGGGGAGACUGGAAAAGGCGAAGGAGGCAUUCGACUCCUUAGGUAAGAGGGGUCUAAGGCAUAACCUUAUGAGUUAUACCAAUAUGAUCAACGGAUAUUGCAAGAUUAAAGCUGUGGAUGAAGCCCGGCUUCUCUUUGAUGAGAUUCCGCGGAUUGGGUUGAUGCAUAGUACUGCUUCUUACAACAUCAUGAUGGAUGGGCUUUUUGGUGCAGAUAGAUUCGAUGAAGGGUGGAAGCUUUUCAACGACAUGGAAGCUUCACGAGUGAUCCCUGAUUUGCAUUCGUAUAACAUUUUAUUGGAAGGUUUGUGUGGGAAUCUGCAAGUUAUUGAGGCGAUCCCGAUUCUGAGAGUGAUGAAGGAGAAAGGUGUCGUUUGUGAUAUAGUGACGUAUAAUAUCCUCAUUAACGGUCUUUGCAAGGUUAGGGAGUUUGAUGCUGCUCGGAGUCUUCUAGACCUUCUUCCAUCCGAGGGUUUGGAGGCGAAUGUGGUAACGUAUACCACUAUUAUCGGCUCUCUUUACCAAGAAGGGCGUGAUGAGGAGGGGAAGGCUCUGCUUCUUGAAAUGGAGGAGAAGGGAAUCCCACCUAAUCGUGUGACCUACAACGCGAUCAUAAGCAGUUUUGCAAAGAGAAACGAGCUUCACAAGGCGGUGCCAUUCUUCGAGGAAAUGUACAGACGAGGAUUUUCUGCGUCUCCGGGCACUACAUCCGUCCUAUCGGAUAAGCUGGGGGAAGCAGAUGUGGAUGAUAAUCUGUUGGAAAUUAUGAAGAAAGUUGUGCCACAAUUGAGAAAUGAAUGACUUUUUUUGUUUGGCUUUUGCUGAUCAAAGUUACUGAUUGAUUGUUCUUUGUUAGAAUUAGUUGGAGUAGAGUUAGUGAUUGAUUUAAUACAGAUGGGAAUUAGAAUAA